GAAAAAUAAAAGAAAUAAAGAGGGAGGGUGGGAGGCAGGGACAGAAGAUAUAGAUCCCAAAUUCCAGUGUACUUCACACAUGCCAGCUUCUGCUCUGCUCUCACGCACAACCAUGGCCGCCAAACCCUACACCUGUCCCCUCCUUCAAGAUUUUGAUUGGAACUGAAGGAAAGGAGCUGUGUAGAGGCCUUUAGGUAGGAGGAGGAGGAGAGUGAGUGAGCAAGUGAGAUGAGCGGUGCGUCGUCGUCGUUGGGGGCGGCUGGGGAGGGAUUCCGGCCGCCGUUCACGGCGGCGCAGUGGCGGGAGCUGGAACAUCAAGCUCUGGUGUAUAAGUACCUGGUAGAGGGAGUGCCUGUGCCGGCCGAACUCCUUGUCCCGAUUCGGCAGAGCUUCGAGUCCAUGUCGGCGAGGUUCUUCCCGCAUUCGAGCUUGGGUUAUUUUUCCUAUUAUGGGAAGAAAAUGGAUCCAGAGCCAGGUAGGUGUCGGAGGACAGAUGGUAAGAAAUGGAGGUGCUCCAAAGAUGCAUAUCCUGGCUCUAAAUACUGUGAGCGGCACAUGCACCGUGGCCGAAACCGUUCAAGAAAGCCUGUGGAAUCUCAAUCUACCUCUCAGUCAUUGUUGACUGUGAUAUCACAGAGUGGUACUGGGAGUAGUAGUGGAAGCAGUAGCUUCAAAAAUCUGCCUCUGCAAUCCAUGGUUAAUCAGGACUCAUUGCUUGGAAAUAACGCAUCAAAGUUGCAGACAGAGCCUGUCUCCAAUGCAAUGGAUAACAAAGAAUACAGGUAUCUACAUGGAUUGAAACCUGAAGCAGAUGAACAUGGUUUCCAUCCAGAAGGUCCAGGAAGUUUCCAAGUACUUGGCAUGGACCAGAAUGUAGACAACAACACAUGGCAUCUCAUGCCAUCAAGUGGUCAGGUAAACCGCUUCCCAAAUCCAAGUUAUGGUGCAUAUUUGAAGAGCGGUUUCUGUCAACCAAUCAUAGGGAAGGAUUUUGAGUCCAUGAGUACUCCUGCAACAUCGAAACAGCGUCAGCCACAUUACUUUUUUGGUAGAGAAGUGGGUUCAUCAGGUCCUGUGAAACAGGAGAGUCACGCUGCAAGGCCCUUCCUGGAUGACUGGCCUAGAGCUAGAGAUUCAUGGCCUGAACUUGAUGAUCAGGGAUACGACAAGAAAUCAUCCAGCACUCAACUAUCAAUCUCAGUUCCAACACCUCUGUCUGAAAUCUCCACCUCCAGUGCUUGUUCCCCAAAUGGGUUGGGUGCAGAAGAUUGAAAGAAGCCAACAACAGAUGAUAAUGCUAGAAGGUGGAACGUCUGAUGGAUUAAAUAAUGUGCUUCUGAGGAGGUACUCCGCUUUCUCUUAUUUCCCAAACUCAUAAUUGGCCUUUGAUGUUGCUAAGCUUUGUUGGCUUCGCCAUCAUGGUUACUGUAGUUGGUCUGUAAUAUUUGAGGAAUCUCCUGAGGAUAGAGGUACCCUGUUUGAACGUGUUUCAAAUAAGCAAGGGGUUUGUUUUGCCUCUAGGUUCUAGUUUUUUUA